AUGCCCCCUCCCUUGCCAGAUGCGUCUGGCGACACGUCAAACGCAUCAAUUCUCACGUUACAGGCCAGUUUUUCCAACAGCCUGACUUUGUUGACAACAGCGCCCUCCGUGAAUGACUUUCUGAAGGCUACAGAUGGCCCUUUCGCCCGUCUGAGGAGCCUGGUUGGACAACACACUUCCACGAAAGAUAUGCCACAGUUCCAACCCCUUGCCCCCCUUGAGGACGUUGUAAAGAACAUUGUGCAAGAGCUAUGGGGGUACACCUCUGUCAAGGCAGUCAGAGGGGGAAUAUACUUGAUGAAGCAUCCAAGCUCUCAACACUGUGCAGUUUUCAUGGAGACGUGUAUGGCCGCGUAUGCCCAGAAAAGGGGGAAGUCCCCCCAAGAAGUAAUGAAGAAGUUCCACUCUCAUAAUGCGACUGAUACAGGCCAAACCGCUUGGCAGACAUGGCUUAAGCUUCACCCGGGACUUGAUAGCCAAGAUGCAGCAAGCCUCCGCAAGUCAGAGCAUCUGGAAAUCGAGGAGAAGUAUCCAGACAGGGCGGACGAAGCAAAAGCCUUUUAUGACAAAGUUCUCAUGCAUUACGGAGACAUUAUUUUGUCUAAGAGAGAGACCCAACCUAAUGAAAGCGUCAUAUCCAUCCCUGGCCAUCGACUUCCGAUCCCUCCGACUCCUCCGCUCUACCUCCACUCCUUCUUCACUAACCUUGGAGCUCCCGCAUUCUGCAAUCCCCUCGGUACCCCUCGAUGGUCACCACCCCCUCCUUUCAAUUUAUUACCUAUGCCACGGAGCCCCGAAGGCUUCCGGACAGCUCCAACGUCCGCUAGCGCACUCCCACCUCUGCUGGGCAAUACACUCGCUUGCCCUGCAGAGCCCACCUUCAGGCCUAUCCCUCUCCGUUUCUGGCUCCACUCCACUCAGCUCCGCCAUUUGCGGACCCGCCCUCGCUGUUACACUUCAGUAAUAAAAUCGACUAGAGUUUAUCCCCCUUCGGUUCUGGUUGCCAGCUUUGUCUGCACACUUAGUUCCACCCAUCCCAUUGGCGUCACUGUAGUGGGAUUUGUAGCGGAUGAGACCAUCCCCCCGGAACAGUCCACAGCAGCUUUCACCAGCUCACCGAUUAUGGCAGAAAUGGUGAAGGCUAUGGGUCUGCCACUCACCGAGGAUGCAGCCCUUGCCAUAAGAAAUCUGUAUGACGGCAUAAAGGCUUUCAGCCCAUACCAACCCGAUAUCAGCAAACAGAGAAGCUUCCUUCGUCAUCUUCAUGCCUUCACGAACCCGGACAAGUCCAACAAUGAGGAGUUUGGUGCAUCAGGCCUGAUGAAGUCUGUUGUAGCAACUGCCAGGAAAAGUGUCCAUUUCCAUGAUAGCCUGGACAAAUACCUGACAGUGAAGAUGGAGGCCAUGGACGAAAACAACAUCGAUUAUCAUACACCGAUAUUGAAAAGGAAAGACGGCCUUGCCAUGGCAGACAAGUCAUAUGGCCCACAUAGCUGA